AUGUCGUUCGCCCCGCCUCCAGGACCCCCGCCUCCGGCUGUCCCGGAGGGGUGGAAGGCUCAGUUCGAUGAUCGAUAUAAACAAUGGUUCUUUGUAAAUCUGCGUACUGGCAAGUCCCAAUGGGAAUCCCCUCAAGGACCGGCACAAGAGGAACUGCAUGCCCCUCCUAGCGAAGCACCUCCCUCAUAUGAAGAGUCUGGGCCUACGAAUCCGUCGGUAGUACAUGGCGCAAACGAGAAGAAAAGCCUGGGCUCGAAUAAUCCUUACAACCAGGCCGGCGCCAGAAGCAGUUCUCUGGACAGCGAUGCCCGACUAGCUGCUCAGUUACAAGCGGAGGAAGAUGCUCAUGCUCGUAUCAGUAGAAGCCCGAGACAGCAAGCACAGCCUGGAGCCGCUGCAGACUACUAUACAGAAGCCUCACAGCCGCAGUUAGUUGGAUACCGGUCGUCUUCAACCCCCUCGCAACAAAUAACCGAUCCAGAGCAGAAGAGGAGCAGGGGUUUUCUGAGCAAGUUGAUGGGGAAAGCAUCCAGUGGCAGUGGUGGAAAUCAUGAAAGGCCAUCUUCGCAGCAGUCACAGCCAAACGGGUAUCCUCCAGGCGUAUAUGGUUUCUAUCCUCAACAACCCGCAGCGCGGCGCCAUGGUGGCGGUAUGGGAACCGCGGGAGCUGCAGCUUUAGGUGUAGGUGGUGGUUUGCUCGGGGGUGCUUUGUUGGCAGAAGCUUUGAAUGACCAUGACUAUAAUGAUUACGGCUCUGGCGGUUAUGAUGACUUUGGCGGUGGCGACUUCGGUGAUUUCUGA